AUGACGCUUAGGAAAGCAAGGCCAUUCAUGGCCAUUGUUUUCAUACAGUUUUUGUAUGCAUUGAUGUCUAUCGUAGCGAAACUGGCUCUGAACGAGGGAAUGAGUCCUCACGUCUUAGUUGCUUACCGAAUGGCAGUUGCUACAGCUCUCAUUACUCCUUUUGCCCUCGUCCUUGAGAGGCCUGUGGUCGAACAAAACCUGUACUACUCAGGGAUGAAACUUACCACUGCCACAUUCACAUCGGCUUUGUGCAAUGCACUUCCUGCAAUGACAUUCAUAAUGGCCUGCGUUUUCAAGCUAGAGAAGGUGAAUAUCAAAAGGCGUCACAGCCAGGCGAAGGUGGUGGGAACCAUGGUGGCUAUUGGAGGAGCAAUGCUCAUGACAUUCGUGAAAGGGAAUGCCAUUGACUUGCCUUGGACAAGCAAGUCAAGUGGUUCUCAGUCACAUGCUAUGAAUACUCCAAAGCAGGACGAUAUAGGAAGAGGAUCAACUAUGCUUGUUGCAAGCUGCUUCAGUUGGUCAUGUUAUAUCAUUUUACAGGCAAACAUUCUGAGUUCAUAUCAAGCUGAGCUCUCGCUAACAGCUCUGAUGUGCUUUAUGGGGAUGCUGGAGGCUGCUGCUAUGGGAUUGAUAUGGGAAAGGAAGAACAUGUCCGUAUGGAAAAUCCACCCUGACAUGAGGCUAUUAGCUUCAAUAUACGGGGGGUUUGUCUCAGGGUUAGCAUACUAUGUUAUUGGAUGGGUAUCAAAGGAGAGAGGUCCAGUGUUUGUCAGCGCAUUUAACCCUCUCAGCAUGGUUAUCGUUGCUGUUCUGAGCACCUUUGUGUUCAUGGAAAAAAUGUACAUAGGAAGGGUUGUUGGGUCAGUGGUCAUUGUCAUUGGAAUAUAUUUGGUACUAUGGGGUAAAAGCAAGGACAAGGGAGGGCAGCUUCCACUAGCAACAGGGUGUGCAGAGGCUCUCCAAGUAUUACCCAAUCGUGACCGGUUAAUGAUCCCAAAGGCAGCAACUCAGUCUCAAGUAUCAGUCUGA